GAUGAUGUCAUGCCGAGAGCAGAGCAGUGGUGCUGAUGAGAGAGAAGCCCAGGGUACCACUAAUUGAGGGAGUGAGGAGGCGAACAGCUCGCUUCUAACUGGACUGCAGAUUCGUGACAGUGUCCUGAGCUGUGACAGACCUACUCUGUGACUUUUAGUUGGAUUCAUCUCUCAUAUUCCAGAAAACAUGACCCUCGCUGCCUACAAAGAGAAGAUGAAGGAGCUCCCACUGGUGUCUUUGUUCUGCUCUUGUUUCCUGGCCGACCCCCUGAAUAAGUCGUCCUACAAAUAUGAAGGCUGGUGUGGGAGACAGUGUAGGAGAAAAGAUCAAAGCCAGCGGAAAGACAGUGCUGACUGGAGAGAAAGAAGAGAGCAGGCCCCUUUUCUGCUCUCUGCAGCAGACACAGUGGACCUGAACUGGUGUGUAAUUUCUGACAUGGAAGUCAUCGAGCUGAACAAAUGCACCUCGGGCCAGUCUUUUGAAGUCAUCCUGAAGCCACCCUCCUUCGAUGGGGUGCCCGAGUUCAAUGCCUCUCUACCCAGGCGGCGAGACCCAUCACUAGAAGAGAUCCAGAAGAAACUAGAAGCAGCUGAGGAGCGAAGGAAGUACCAGGAAGCUGAGCUCCUGAAGCACCUGGCAGAGAAGCGAGAACACGAGCGGGAGGUGAUCCAAAAAGCCAUUGAGGAAAACAACAACUUCAUCAAGAUGGCUAAGGAAAAACUGGCCCAGAAGAUGGAAUCCAAUAAGGAGAACCGGGAGGCCCACCUUGCCGCCAUGUUGGAACGGCUGCAAGAGAAGGAGCCGCCUGCUGCGCGGUGACUCCCGGGACCUGAUCGGUGGCCUCGUCCCAUGGACAAGCACGCCGAGGAAGUGCGGAAAAACAAGGAGCUGAAGGAAGAGGCCUCCAGGUAAAGCCCAGAGGCCAAAGAAGUUUCCAGAACAGCCGGACAGCUCCAGCAGCUCCGCAGUUCCCGAGGCAGCCUCGCCUGCCAUGGCUGCUCUCCCAGCACUGGGGUUUGGGGGGAGGGGGGUGGCCGGGGCGUUUCUUCUGCUUUUGGUGUUUGUACAUGUAAAGAAUUGACCAGCGAAGCCAUCCUAUUUGUUUCUGGGGAACAAUGACGGGGUGGGAGAGGGGAGAGGAGGAGAGAGGUUGGGAAGGGGAGAUGGAGAAGGACUCAUGGACAUUGCAACCCAGCCCACCGCAGACUCAGGGCGUCUUCGGCUUUUCUUCCCAGUGAGCGUCCAGGCCCCGUGUGGAGGGCAGUUGAAAACAGGGCAGUAGAAUUCCCAGUGGAGGGCAGAGUCCUGGGUGGAGGGGUGGCUGCAGGGCAGGGCAGGAGAAGCCCAGCAGGGGUGGGGGUGGGGCCGGAGGUGUGGCUUCUGCUCACAACAGGUGGGGUGAGGUCUGAGUGUGUGUGUGUGUUAACCAUCAUCUUUUGAUCAUCAUGACCAAUGAAACAUUUACUCCAAGG